CAUUCUUUCGUCACGACGGCUCUUCACCACACUCCCAAUUGUACCUUCUGCUACGCCGCCCAAUGCCUCAUCUUAUUGCAACAUUAAUGGUGCGCCACUUCGUUUCAUGGAGAAAUUAUGCAUGAAGAGAAUUUCUUCGGUAAUUUUGGCAACUUGUGUCGUUAAGGAUUAUCGAACCAAAAACUCCGCGUUAUUAGAAUUGGCACGGCUCUUUGCAAAAUCCAUCGG